AUGUCUCAGGAUAAAACUUCUACAGAAUAUGCGGUUUACACUUUGAAUCCUUCUGAUGUGAAGUUGACCGAUAGCCCACUAGAUGACUAUCAAAGACUAUAUUUUGCCACUUUGUUUGCUAAUAAUGGUAAGGAAGCUUCGAUCAAAACGUUUGCAAAGGAUCUUUCUAUCAGAAAAUCAACUUAUAAAUCCGGUAUGGCGCAAGUUUUCAAGAAUCCUCCAUAUUUGAAUAACGUACCAAUUAAUGAUACGAAAGAUAAUCUGUUACAAUGUUUCGAGUUUCAAUUACCUGAUUUUAAACUGGCUUUAACGGCAGGUGAAAAUGUUGGCGCCAAAUCAUUCUCACUCGAUGAAGAUGUGAAACAACAACUUUGUCUCGAUAAAUGUUCGAACCAACUCUUAAAUGCAAUUAUUCAAGAUUCUUCAAAUCAUUCAAAUUACGAUUCUUCACUAACUAAAAAUCAACAAUUCAAAUUGAAGAAAAUUGAUCACAAUUUACAGGCAGCCGAUAAAAUCAUCAAUCCAAAUAAUUGCAUACUAUGGGGGUAUGAAACCGGUUCUGUCUUUUUAACUGGUAUUUGGAGAUUAUAUCAGGAUGUAAUGAGAGGUUUGAUUAUGUCCAAUAGACAAAUGGAAGAUUCGAAAUCUUUGCAAAAUAUAUGUAAAACUGAUUAUGAGUACAUCUUGACCCAUGCAUUCUACGAUUCUCUGCAAGAUCACGAAUUUCAAACUACAAGAAGACGAAGCAGCUCAGGUUCCAUUGGUGAAGGAUCUAUUCAACAAUUUAUUAAUGAAACGCAAAGUAAUAAUGUCACUUACACAGACUUACACUGGAAUAAUCUAUCGAAAGAAUUGAAAAACUUAAUAUUGAAAAAUUUUAAAGACUUCCUUAUCAAUGAAAAACACUUAACUGAAGAAAAUCUUUUGAACUAUAAUUUAAACAAUUUAAUUCAAAGAAUCAGAGGUGGGUAUAUCAAGAUUCAAGGUACAUGGCUACCUAUGGAAAUUGCUAAAUUAAUUUGUAGUAGGUUUUGUUUUCCUAUAAGAUAUUUUCUUGUUCCAUUGUUUGGUAAUGAUUUUCCUAAACAAUGUGAAGAGUGUCAUUUACUUAUUCAGAAUAAUAUCAAAAUUUUGAUGUCAAUGCCCAAAAAGGGCAGGGCAGAAUCAAAAUCACAUGCGAGGAAACAUGACGCUGCUAUCAAAACCCAAGGUAUAACCAGCCCAAAGAGAAGGAGAAUUAAUGCUUCUUUAUCUCCACGAUCUGUUGAAACUACAGAACCUAAAGGUUCAAAGAAAAAACUGAAACAAUCAAUGAAUAGACCACGGCAACAAUCUACAUCUACAAAGAUAAUAGAUUUGAAACUUCCAUUUGGUCAGAACCCUCAGUUUCAACUCAAUGUACCUCCAAAACCACCGAAUUCGAGACCUUCAUAUUUACAUUCUUCAUCUUUUUCUACAAUCGCACAACCAAGAACAAGAGCUAGCAUAAGCUUACCAUCUUUUGAUACAUUAGUUCAAAAUAUCCCAUUUAUUAACGUUAAUCAACAACAACAACAACAAUCACAGCAACCACAGCAAUUAUUGGUUCAGAACCUUGAUAACACGACACAACCUCGUCAUUUUAGUGCACCACAACAGCAAGCUUUCUCUUACUAUGUUCCUCACAACUCUUAUUACUAUGCAAAUCCAGAUAGAAUGUCGUUUGACGCUGCCACCGGACCAGCUCAAACUCAUAUGCCACAAAUGAUUGCAACCAACAAUCAUCCUACUGUUGACACGUUAUCACAUUUAGCAUCUUUUUAUAAUACACAUGGCCAUAGAUACUCAUAUCCACACAAUUUGUACGUUCCUCAAGUCAACCAAAAUUACAUGAAUACCCCAAGAGUCAUGUAUCAAGCGAAUACUAAUUCACCUCAAAGCAUUCCACCACAAGCUAGAGGGAACAAAAAAUUCAUAUUUGAAAGGACAACGCAAAAUGCACCAUCAGGUAGAUGA